AUGUUAUGGGUAAAUUCGCUAGCAGUGAUGAGUGGAUUGAAAGCGUACUGGAUGGGUGCAACGCGGAUAUCUGCUCAAGGUCCUCAAAGAGAUGAUUGGAAAUGGACGAAUGGCCAACCGGUGAAGUAUUUCAAUUGGCGAACGGGUCAACCGAAUGCGUGUUGUGGCUAUGAUGUGGAC